AUGCUGGCUUCGGCCGCCACUGUUCGCGCAACCGACUGCGCUGAAGACAGUGGAAACUGGUACUGCGAGGCCGUUAGCUUGAUCACGUACACUGGUCUCGACAUCAGCGGAUCCUACCGACAAGUCACCAACAUGGACUCGACCACCGGCGACUGCACCUUCAGCAACAAGACAUACAGUGGUUCCAUUGCUCCAUUCGACGAGGAGCUCUCCGUCCAUGUCCGUGGCCCUGCGCAGCUGAAGCAGUUCGCUGUCUACACCCCCAGCUCUUCAUCGACCAAGAAGAGACAGGAGCACAAAUCACACCACAAGCGCCACGGCCAUCAGCACCUGCACCAGAAGAAGCACGAGGCCGCGCGCGCAGUUGGUGAUGUUGUUACUGCCACCAUCGAUGGAACGGUCCAAACCUGGAUCAACACCUGGGAUGGCUCCAGCGACAGCGAUGCCAAGGUCGAGGUUGCUGCUUACGAGGUGUCCAGCACUGCCAAGGCUUCUUCUACAAGCGCCGCAAAGUCUAGCAGCACCAAGACCAAGACAAGCUCAGCUUCUACCUCAACCAGCACCUCCGUCUCCGGUGAUUACACCCGUAUCGCAUACUACAACGCCGAGGAUGCGACUGCUGAUGGCGUCACCUUCCUCGGAGCUCACGGUGGUUCUGGAUCCGGUGUCUUUGACAACACUUUCGGCAGCAGUCUCUCCUACCUCAGCGCCGACGGUACCUCUGGUGCUGACUCUUCCACUGUCCUCGACAACGUUCUUGUUGGUGACAAUGUCGAGUACGUCAUCAUGUCAGACGUCGAGUGCACCAGCGGCGAUGCCGACUGUGGUUACUACCGUGACGGAUCCGUUGCCUACCAGGGAUUCGCUGGUGCCGACAAGGUAUUCCUCUUUGAAUUCACCAUGCCCGCUACUGGUAAGACUGGCUGGAAUGAGGACAUGCCCGCCAUUUGGCUCCUGAACGGCAAGAUCCCCCGUACCCAGCAGUACGGCGAUUGCUCAUGCUGGAGUGCCGACGAUGGCACCGGCAGCGGCUGUGGUGAGGCUGAUCUUUUCGAGGUCCUUACUACUGGUUCCACCAAGGCCAAGUCCACUUUCCACUUCUCCAACUCCCUCGGCAGCUCCGACUACUUUGACCGUCCCACCACCGACUACAUCAAGCUGGCCGCUGUCUUCCAGUCAUCCACCUCGACUGCCUCCAUCAAGAUCUUGGACUCGUCGUUCGAUUUUGCUACGUCUCUGACCUCCGACAAUGUCGAGAGCUGCAUCAACGACGAGGACGAUGGCUCCAGCCUGGUCUCUUCUAUCAUGGACUUCCUGACCGGUUCUUCGAGCAAAUAA